GAGCUAUCCCUAAACAGGCCUUACAGAUGUGGGUCACACAUCUCGACAGGCUGCCCACACGACAAAGGCUUGCUUCUUGGGGACAGAUCCAAUCCUCCGAAUGCUGUCUCUGCACCAUUGCUACGGAAUCCCGCGACCAUCUGUUUUUGGCUUGUGAGUUCUCCUCCCAACUCUGGAUCAUGGUCUUCACAAGACUCUGUCCCCAACAGCGUCUAUUCAGCUCGUGGGCAGAAUUGCUCUCCUGGACUCGACUUUCCUCUACUACAGCACCAACUCUCCUCCGGAAGCUCGCAACACAAGUGGUAGUAUACAACAUAUGGCGUCAGCGAAACAACGUUCUUCACAACUCCGUGCUCCUGUCGUCACAAGUAGUCUUCAAGUGGAUUGAUCGUGAACUCCGCAACAUUAUCACCACAAGAAUGCAUAUAAAGCGUUGGCGUAAGCUUAUGCUUUUAUGGAUCCGUUAA